CAGAAAAGCCUCGAUUAAAGUUCUUCUACCAUGGACGGAUGCAGCGGCCUCCUUGUUUCGCCGUGCAGAAGGCCCGGGCCGGUGGGGAAGGUGAGGCGGCGGGUUCAGGGCCUCCGGAUCCCCUCCUCCUCUCGUCACUGCGCCCGCGCGGUCGGCGGAACCGAGCCGGACCUGAGCCACAACGAGAGCGCUCGGCUGGCGGCCGACUGUCUGCUGUCCCAGGGCCUGGACGGAUACCGCCAGGUGCUGCAGGCUGAGGGGGAGGUGGACUUCCUGUCAGAGCUGGAGAAGCUUUACGUCCUGCAGAACGGGAGGGACGCAAACACAGCAGAUGACGCAGGUGAAACAGAUGACAUGGACAAGGAGUUUGUCAACCUGUUUUCCCAAUGCGAGUCCCAGACGAGCAGCGACUCCGCAGUGGAGUGUUCGGUCCAGAAGAUCGAUCAAGCCCCAGAUCCCAGCCCUGAGGUGUUUCUCCAGGCUGACAGGACAGCGGCUGCCAUGAAAGAUCUGGUCAGACAGUUCCUCAGAAAGACUAAACUGGCCCUGGCUAUAGUGAUGGACGUCUUCAGCGACCCGGAGCUGCUGUGUGAUCUUCUCGAGGCGAGCAGGAAGAGAAACGUGUCUGUUCACCUCCUGCUGGACCACAUUAACCUGGAGGAGUUUGUCAGCAUGUGGCAGGAACUCAGACUCGUCAGCAGAAACUUCCCGAAGGUGUCGGUGCGAAGCGUCCCGGGUCAGACCUACAGCGCAAAGACGGGCAGGAAGCUGACAGGUCAGAUAGCGGAGAGUUUUAUCAUCGCCGACUGGGAUGAGGUGCUGACUGGUACAUACAGUUUCACAUGGCUGUCCAGUAUGGUCCAUCAGAGUCUUCUGGUCCUCAUUAAAGGCGCCUCGGUCUCACAUUUCCAUCAGGAGUUCCUCAGACUUCACUCCAGCUCUAAGCCGGUCCCUGGCUUUGUCACUUUCAUCUCUCUGCCACGGUGUCUUUGCUUUUACUCUGGAUCUCAUGUGCAUCCAGACAGCUGUAUCUGGAAACCCCACAAGACCGUCACAGCAGCAUGUUCACGUGGAGAGAUUGGUCUACAGCCUCCUGAAAGCGAUGAGCAGCUCAAAGAGAAAACAUCUCCGCAUCUACCUCUGAAGCCUCCGGCUCAAACGGCAGCAGAGAGCGGGACAGGAGCCAAGGCAGAGCUGCAGAAUCAGAACCAGAUUCGCUGUCACCCACACCUUCCCGAUCAGACCCUCUCAGAUGUUCAGCUUCACAGCAUCACUGUGACGAAGAAUGGCGAGGUCCAAGAGUCGCGCAAUCUGAACGAUCUGUCCCUGACGCACUGUUCACCGCAAAAUGUUCACCGUCAGUCAGGCUUAAAGAAGCAAAACAGCCUCGCUCUCCCAGAUGGGACCAGUGAAGGAGUUUCCUCUCAGCAAAGGAACAGAAACACGUCGACAGGGUUCACACCAGACAUCCAAGCACAAAGAGACCAACUGGACUCCUCGCGAAUUGUUCACGCAAAGGUGGAACUUCAGCGUGAUGAACCUCAACUCCUGUCACCUCCGUCGUCACAGAAAACGGGACCAAACCUCAGCCGUCAGGUCUCUUUCAGGAGCUCCUGGGAGUACAUGCCCAGCCUGCAACCCAACGCCUUCAGAGGAACCAGCAAGCAGGAAGGGUUCAUGGAAUGGCAUCAUGGCCGUCUGAACUCCUCCUCUCACACAGUGACCUCCUGCUUUACACGAGCACCGGCAGGAACAGGAACCGCUGUCGGUCCUCAGCAGCAGGCAGAGACCCAGAGGUUCCUGUCAGGCGUAAGGGGCACGAUGCAACUGCAUCCCGUCAGACUGCACUGGAGCCCACAGGCUGCGGCACCCAGAGCGGUGGGUCGCUACAACUCCUUCAGCGGUGCACAUGAGAUGGGGCGGGCAGGCUGGAGAACCCUGCAGAGCAGCAGCAGCGCAUCACUGCGAAGGAGCCUGAGCCUGAUGGAGAGAAGCCCAGCAGGAUACAGAGGAGCAGGACUGCACCCUGUAUGAAUGCAUCCACGGUUUUGAUCAAAAGCCCAUGCAGCAAGAGCUCCACUGCAAUGAGAGUCAGUCAGCGAACAAGAAGCAGACCAAAAACAAAGCAAUGCAGAAAUCUGAAAUCAAAGAGAAAUUGUAUGUAAUUUUCAAAAUUCAAUAAGAAAUGUAAGGGGUAAAAACAGAGAAAAUGCUGCAUUUCUUUUUUGCCCCUUUACUUUGAUACCACUAGAUAAAAUCUAUUGUAACCAAUGGUCUUUGGACAUCCGCCAAAGACCAUUGGUUGCAUUCUUCAUUCUCAUGAUGAAACAUGGUAGUGGCAGAAUCAUGCUUUCUGUGACAGCAACAAGGAAGCUGGUUAGAGUUGAUAGGAAGAUUAUUUUUAGACAGAAUGAUUGGCAGAAAAACAAAGUCCAUCUCCAGACAUUCAAUGAACUGACUGAAGGGAAGCAAUACAAAAUGUCUGCCAGACUGCCAAACAAAUUUUUAAUUAGAAAAAAAAAAAACAUUAUUUAGGUUCCACUUCAUUUUAUUUUGUGUCAGACUGUCACAUAAAACCUUGAAGAGAAUAAGCUUACAGCAAGAAAAAACUGGGAAAACGUGAGUGGAAAUGAACUGAUUUGCAAAGCUCUGCUUUUCUGGUUCAGCUAUUGUCUUUUGAAAUUGACAGAUUGUCUGAUUCUGUCAGUUCCAGUGACUUUGAAUGGCCUUUCUGGUCUGUUAUAAACAUGAGUUGGUUUUCCUACUAAAAAUAUUCUGCUGCGUUGAGUUUUUUCUCUUCAAUACUAAAUAUUGAAUAACCUGCCAGGCUGUAGUUCCUCGUCUCAUCUAGUGUUUGUGAGGACAAACCGGAUUAAAUCCAAUCCAGUUCGGUUUAUGUAUAAAUGUCAUCUGAAGGCGCCUCACAGAGAAAUGUCAAAGUUUGUCAAAAACAUCUGAAUUUUUUUCUUUUGGACCAUUUUUGAUUCUAUUUUUUAUGCAUUAUGCAACACUUGAAUGUAGUAUUUUAGACAAAAUAUGUUGUAAAAAAACCAUUUAUUAAUUUGUAGAACAAAAUUUUGAAGAAAAAAAGAAAAAAGACAGAUAAAAUAUAAACAAAACUGUUCAGACAGCACAAUAUGUUGUACAUGUAAUACUUAACGGUACUCUUACUGGCAACACAUUACUUAUUCUUUGGUCAGCCAAAAAAAAAACAAACAAUUAAAUAUACUGCAACAAUGCUAUAUUUGUUUGAAGCA